AUGCAUACCGACAUCUUCUUCAUAGCCGCCUCUGUGGCCGCCAUCGCUCUGGCAGAGGCUCCCGACCUGGUAACGGCUAUCUCGCAGCAGCCAUCUCUGUCGACGCUGUACGGCCUGCUAGGCCAGGCUUCGAAUACUACGGCUUUCCUCGGUUCCCAGAAGAAUGUGACCCUCUUCGCACCCAAUGACGAUGCCUUUGCAAGCAUCGUGCAGAAUGGCGGUAUCUUUACCAUCAAUCAAGCCUCCGUCGAUUCCGGCCUCAUAGCCCAAAUACUCGAUUAUCAUCUCGUUCGCGGUGUCGUGAGGGCAGAGGACAUCACCACAAUUCCAACCUUUGUUCACACCUACCUGAACUACUCGAGCUUUGUUCUUGACGGCGAGGUAUCGGGUUCUAAUGUCACUGGAGGCCAAGUUCUGUCGGUCAAUCUGAACGAGACGGGCGAGGCGCAGGUUGUAAGCGGCGUCAAGGUGCCGAGUGGCGUUGUCGCUACCCUCCUACGCGUAAUAGAAAUAAGCGUAAGUUGGUUAACUAAUGCGACCAUUUCCGAUGUCACCAUCUUUUGCCCAAACAACGAUGCCUUCCGAGCCAUUGCAAGCAGUGCUGCCAACAUCACGAAUGAUCAGCUAGCCGAAAUUCUGAAAUAUCAUGUCGUCGGUGGAUCUGUAGGCUACAGCACACUUCUCUCAAACAGUAGCUUGCCAACGCUGAAGGGUGAGGACGUCACGAUCACCGUCGGCGAUGACGGAGCCGUCUUCGUAAACGACGCUCGCGUCAUCAAUGCCGACAUCCUCAUCGCCAACGGCGUCAUCCACGUUAUCGAUGAGGUCCUCAGUCCUACCAAACCUGGCUUCGAGGCCAUUGCAACUGCUCCCGCUACGGCAGCUACGAGCGUCGCGACCCUGGUACCCUUUACCUCUGGUAUACAGCCAGAGACUUCGGUCUACAGCGAGCUAGUCCCAACCACAAGCAGAGUCGCCGCUGGACUCGUGACAGCCUCUCCAAGCUCGAAAACGACUGGAUCGAUCAACGGAUCUAGCACCGCCUCCGCGAGCAGCAGCGUCGCUGUACAGACAACUAAUGCCGGGAUGAGGAUGCAGAUUCCGGCUCUGUCGGCGGCAAUCUUUGGUGCUAUGGCGUUUGCUCUCGAUCUGUAG